GUAACUAGAAAUUGUUGUUUUGUUGAGACAGAGUCUCACUCUGUCGCCACUGCACCCAGCUUGGCAUUAAUAUGUACAAAUGCCUUAAAUAUAUAACUUCCUGGGCCAGGUGCAGUGGCUGUAACCUCAGCACUUUGGGAGACCGAGAUGGGAGGACUGUGUGAGUUUAGGAGUUCAAAGCCAGCCUGGGCAACAUAGCAAGAACUUGUCUCUACUAAAAGUCAGAAAGGUUAACUGGGUAUGGUGGUGUGCACCUGUCGUCCCAGCUUAAAAAAUAAAAAGAUAAUGUACAUGUGCAUGUAUCAUAGGAAGAUGUAGAGAAUACAAGAACUGACAAAAGCAGAUUCCCAAAGUUAUGGUGUGACCUUUUUUUUUUUUUUUUUUUGAGACAGAGUCUUGCUCUGUUGCCCAGGCUGUAGUGCAAAGGCACGAUCUCUGCUCACUGCAACCUCUGUCUCUGGCUACCUCAGCCUCCUGAGUAACUGGGAUUACAGGCAUGGGCUGACAUGCUAAUUUUUGUAUUUUUGGUAGAGACUGGGUUUCACCCUGUUGGUCAGGCUGGUCUCGAACUCCUGACCUCAUGAUCCACUGGAUCAUGUGAUCUGCUGGGAUUAUAGUUGUGAGCCACUUCCCCCAGCCACAUUUUAUAAUUUUUCUAUGAGAGCAUGUGUUGGUUGUAUAAUAAAUAGAUAAAUUAUUUAUUUCUUUUUUAGACAGGAUCUCACUGUCACCCAUGCUAAAGUGCAGUAAUGCCAUAAUGACUCACUGCAGCUUCAAACUCCUGGACUCAAGUGAUCCUCCUGCCUCAGCCUCCCCUCCCAACUAUCUGGGACGACAGUGAUGGGGCUGCAGUGGCACUUGGAAUCCAGAUGUGUGAAGAAUGGAGGGGUUGAAGCCGCAGUCAACUUCCUCCCCCACCACAGGAAGUGGGGUGAGACAGCAGGUGCAGUGACGGCUGGCGGAGCCAUGGACAAGGAGUACGUGGGUUUUGCUGCCCUCCCCAACCAGCUGCACCGCAAGUCCGUCAAGAAGGGGUUUGACUUCACGCUCAUGGUGGCAGGGGAGUCAGGCCUAGGGAAAUCUACCCUCAUCAACAGUCUGUUCCUCACCAACCUCUAUGAGGAUCGCCAGGUGCCAGAGGCCAGUGCUCGCUUGUCACAGACUCUGACCAUUGAGCGCCGGGGUGUGGAGAUCGAGGAGAGGGGUGUGAAGGUGAAGCUGACCGUGGUGGACACGCCUGGCUUUGGGGACUCGGUGGACUGCUCUGAUUGCUGGCUUCCUGUGGUGAAAUUCAUCGAGGAGCAAUUUGAGCAGUACCUUAGGGAUGAGAGCGGCCUGAACAGGAAGAACAUCCAGGACUCCCGAGUCCACUGCUGCCUCUACUUCAUCUCACCCUUCGGCCGGGGGCUCCGGCCCCUAGACGUGGCCUUCCUCCGGGCAGUACAUGAGAAAGUCAACAUCAUCCCAGUCAUUGGCAAAGCGGAUGCCCUGCUGCCCCAGGAAACCCAGGCCCUCAAGCAGAAGAUCCGGGAUCAGCUGAAGGAGGAGAAGAUCCACAUCUACCAGUUCCCUGAAUGUGACUCUGACGAAGAUGAAGACUUCAAGAGGCAGGAUGCAGAGAUGAAGGAUAGCAUCCCUUUUGCAGUUGUGGGUUCCUGCGAGGUGGUGAGGGAUGGCGGGAACCGACCAGUGAGGGGACGCCGAUACUCUUGGGGGACCGUGGAGGUGGAGAACCCACAUCACUGCGAUUUCCUGAACCUGCGACGAAUGCUGGUGCAGACACAUCUGCAGGACCUGAAAGAGGUGACGCACGAUCUGCUUUACGAGGGCUACCGGGCCCGCUGCCUACAGAGCCUGGCCCGGCCUGGGGCUCGAGAUCGAGCCAGCCGCAGUAAGCUUUCCCGCCAGAGCGCCACGGAGAUUCAGCUGCCCAUGAUGCCUCUGGCGGACACCGAGAAGCUGAUCCGCGAGAAAGACGAAGAGCUGCGCCGCAUGCAAGAGAUGCUGGAGAAGAUGCAGGCCCAGAUGCAGCAGAGCCAAGCCCAGGACGAGCAGUCAGACGCCCUCUGAGGCCACGCCCCGCCCGGCCUACCUUCGGUUCCGCCUUCAGUCGGCCUCUUGUCCAAUCCCCGCACCCCACACUGCCCAGCGCCUAAUCCCGGACUCCCGCGGGUGCCGCCCUCGCGCUGGCUCGUGGGAGGUUCUCCCAGCCAGGAUCAGAAGCCCCGCCCCUUCCCCGCCCAGCAAGACCACGCCCACUUCCCGGCCAGAGCCUGCAGCCCAGUCCCGGACUGCCGCACUGUCUUUCGGGGUCGUCUCUUCUCCCAGGCUCUGUCUUCAAUAAAAACUGAGCUUCCUGCGGCCA